GUGCUCGCGCUGCCCGUGAGCGGAUUCUUCGUAUUCCAUACUUUCCACACACGCAGCCACUUCAGUUGUUAACAUUAAAAAACCUGAAGUGGAAUGCGAAGUGAUUUUUUUUUUCCCUCUUUGAAACGCUGUAUUGCAUCUACUUAGAAAAUACUACUCGUCGACCUCGCAAGCCUCUAGUCACCUCUCUCAGACACCGCUUGACCUGGGAACAAACUUCUGUCAAGUUUUGACCCCAGGAUGGGUUCCUUGGGGGCUGAAAGUUGUAGCCAUCCCACCUCUGCCUUGACCCCUGAGGACAAUGUGGUGAUGAGCUUCAGUUUUGAGAGCUACCAGCUGGAAGAAGAUGAGGUGCAGACCAAGGACAUCUCCAACAAAGGGGUCCUGACUUUCAUGGAACCAGCAUUUGAUGAGCCUGCUCCAGAAGACCGUUAUCGUGGGAUAUAUUUUGCCAUGCUGCUCGCCGGGGUCGGCUUUCUGCUGCCAUAUAAUAGCUUUAUUACUGAUGUGGACUAUCUGCAUCAUAAGUUUCAAGGAACAUCAAUUGUUUUUGAUAUGAGCCUAACAUACAUCCUGGUGGCUCUGGUGGCAGUGAUACUGAACAAUGCCCUGGUGGAGAUGCUCAGUCUUCAUACCAGGAUCACAGUAGGGUAUCUGUUUGCUCUGGGUCCUCUGUUGUUUGUCAGCAUUUGUGACGUCUGGUUAGAGCAGUUCAGCACCAAGCAAGCCUACGUCAUCAACCUUGUGGCGGUGGGGGUUGUGGCAUUCGGAUGCACAGUCCAGCAGUCCAGUUUCUAUGGUUACACAGGAAUGCUUCCAAAGAGAUACACACAAGGAGUGAUGACUGGGGAAAGUACUGCGGGCGUAAUUAUUUCCCUGAGCCGCAUCUUCACAAAGCUGCUGAUCGAGAAUGAGAAGAAGAACACCAUCAUUUUCUUCUUCAUCUCCAUCUGCAUGGAGCUCUUGUGCUUUGUGCUUCACUUGCUGGUGCGCCGGACGCGAUUUGUUCAGUACCACAAAAACCGUGCCUGCCGUGGCCUCGGUGAGGUCAGCUGCCCUGCUAACCAUGGCAAUGGAUAUCGCAUCCACCAUGAUGUCAUUUCUGAGGAAGUAAGAUUCGAUAAUGGUGCUGUUCACGUUUCUCCCACUACGACUGGAGCAGAAGCUGUAUUUGCUGGCAGUGGCACAUACGUGCGAUUUGAUGUCCCUAAACCUAAAAUAAAGAAAAGUUGGAAUAGCAUACGGGAUAUGAUCCUGCACCGUUAUGUAGUGACCCGUGUGAUCUGGACCUACAUGCUGUCCAUUGCAGUCACCUACUUCAUCACCCUUUGCUUGUUUCCUGGCCUGGAGUCUGAGAUACGCAAUGUCACGCUGGGGGAGUGGUUACCCAUUCUCAUCAUGGCCAUAUUUAAUAUGUCUGACUUUGUGGGAAAGAUCCUGGCCGCACUUCCGUACGAUUGGAACGGCAGACGCCUGCUACUCCUCUCCUGCAUCCGCAUCAUUUUUAUCCCACUCUUCAUCAUGUGUGUCUAUCCUGUUGGGGCACCUACCUUCAGUCACCCUGCGUGGCCAUGUGUCUUUUCCCUUCUCAUGGGCAUCAGUAAUGGCUACUUUGGCAGCGUGCCCAUGAUCCAGGCUGCAGGGAAGGUGGCCCCAGAACAGAGAGAGCUGGCAGGCAAUACAAUGACUGUAUCCUAUAUGGCUGGACUAAUGCUGGGCUCUGCAGUAGCCUACUUCACCUACACCCUCACCUCCCAGGGUGCCAGUCCUUCUGUAGGAAUGCCCCAGAACUUCACCGCAGGUUAUUGAACUGGACACACACUUUGGCUGUGACACACCAAUGGUGGAUCAAUAAGUAUUUCUUGUAAUGUCUUCUUGCUUGCUGCAUUUCCAAGGCAAAGAGGUUAACUCAGCAUUAGAAGCUACAUUAACCCUCUCAGCAAGUCUGUUAGAAACAGAAAUAAACACUCGUUUUCUUCUCAUCGUUGCCGAAAGAAACCAUGUAAGAGAAGCAUUUUCUCUUUGUAAUUUUCUUACAUUUUGACUGUGCACAUUAUUUCUCAUUGAGAUAAUUUUGAAAGAUGGUUUUGGAUGUCAUGAAGCCAAUGAAAGAAUGUUGUCUCUGCAAUGUGUUCAACCUUGUCAGGUCUCUUUUUCUCGUGCCAUGUUGCCUCGCAGUUUUCGUUCAGUGUUGUUUGACUUCU